AUAUUACACUUACACAUAACCUCACGCAUUUGCAGCAAAAUGAACGUAAAAUGUGGCCCCCUUGGAAUUUUAUUUUUCACUUGUUUUCCCCUUUAGCGGAAAGCUAAGUUAGCCUGUUUACCCGUUUGUGGAGAAUACCUGCGAGAGGGCGCAUAUUUGGGGAGACCGCCCGCCUGCCGUCAUGCGAACGACUUCGCCGAGAAAUCUAUCGGUGAGCACUCAGCCAGGCAGUCACUUGGGAAGUCGCUCAGGAAGUGGGCCAAUUGAACAGUUAUGUAAACCGCCAUACACCCAUCCGUGUGACCAGUUUCUCUCUUCCCCCCCACGUGUACGGUCCAAAUGAUACCCACACCAGUUUCGAAAAAGAUAAGGAGCAGGCUGAGUUUGUCCAUCCAUAAAAAGCCCCACUUUUUGUUUCGCCAAAAUUUACUACUGGACAAAGGGGAAAAAUGGGAACCGAAGUUAAGGAAGGGACACCCUGAAUUCGCCAAGCAGUUCGACAUACUAAACCGGCAGGUCACCGGCUUCCGCAAGUACAAACCGCCCGUAGUGAAAAGGGAAGAAACGAAAAGGAACUACGACAUAACGAACUUUCACGAGGUGAAAUCCAAGUUUAGGUUUGACAUAAAUGGGUUUUUCGAAGAUGAAGGGAACGUCUUCUGCCAGGAGCUCUACAAAACCGCCAAGCGCAUGUAUAUAGUUGGCUGGAUUAAGUGCAGGCGGCGAUUUGCCAUGGGCCACUUUCAAGGAGACGCCUAUGCCAUUUCCUAUUUGAGGCACUGGUUCGACAUGUACUCAUCACAGACGAACAGGAUAGAUAAGCUGAGGAUUUUCGACGAGAACCACGGGAUACCCAGCUUCGAUUAUUACAACAUCACAGUGGUGAAAGACUACAGAAGCCCAGCGAAGAAGAAAAUGCACCUCAUUCAGAGUAAGGAUUUUUUAAAAACGAAAGCGUUAUUCAACUUGAAGUGA